AUGUUCGUUGGUACACGAUUAAUAUACUCAAAGACUCAUACUAGAAGGAAGCGUGAACAAGAAAUAGAAGAAGCAACAACAAAGAGUGGGAACCGCAAUUACACAUUUGUUCCAUUUAAUUUGUGGGAAGAAACAAUAGCCAACUUAUCAGCUUACUUUGGCAGUAAUGUUGCAUCAUACUUUAAGUUCCUGAGGAUUUUGUUGUUGUUGAAUAUAGCAGCGGGAAUACUGAUGAUAUCUUUUGUAACUGUUCCACAGGCAAUUGAAGGACCACAAUCUUUUAACUCAUCCAUAAGUCAGUUUGGCUGGUUAUCUAAAAGCAUGUUAUUGUUUGGAUCCUACAGCUCAGAUAAAAUCCACGAUACAUACAAUCAACCGCUAGCAUAUAUUCUUACCUGGAUGGGAGUCAGUCUUUUUUAUUUGAUAGUAGUUGCUGUGGCGAUGCAUAUUCGCUACCGACAAAGUAAACUCUCCGACAAUGCAGACGACUACGAGUUUGCUCUCAGAACAUUUAGCUCGUGGGAUUACACAAUAUACUCUAAAGAGGGAGUGAAAGAUAGACGUAAAGCUUUGUGUAUGGAGUUAAAGGAGCGAAUAAGAGAAGAACGUAAAUCAAGAAAGCCAAAAUUGGAAACAAGACUCCUUCGAUAUCUUGGACGUUUCAUCAGCAAUAUAAUUGUAUUGGGAUUACUUGGUGGAAGUGGUUAUCUUGUAUAUUAUGUUGCGGACAAAUUUAAACUUCCAGACAGCACGCCUACAGAACUUAAGAAGCUGUUUGAUAAAUAUCAGCUGUCAGUAGUGGUUUCUUUAUUGAAGCUUUUUAUACCUCUCUUUUUUGAAAUUCUGGUUCAUCUAGAAGGAUGGCCACCAAGAACAGCUCUAAAAGUUACAUUGUUUAGAACAACAUUAUUUUAUUUUGCAAGUCUCGUAGUUUUCGAUAUGUCCUUACACAAUGUCGCAUCAGAAUGCUCAAGUGAUUCAUGCAGUGACAAGGGUAUAAAUACAACUGACGUUUGCUGUUGGGAGAAUCGAGUUGGAGAAGAAGUUCUGAAAGUGGUGUUUAUAGAUCUGGGUUUAUGUAUAGCUGUUGGAUUGUUUUUUCAUGUUGCGAAAGCUUUGUUUAUAAAAUGUAGAAUUUGUUGUAUUCAGUUAGAACUUAGUGAGUUUGGCAUAACAUCUAGUGUGUUAGACUUGAUAUAUGGACAAGGAUUGAUAUGGCUUGGAUUAUAUUUUUCUCCAUUGAUAAUAGUGAUUGGAAUUAUUAAACUAUUCGUUGUGUUCUACACACAGUUAUUCGUCGCCAAAAUGGCUAUGGUUGCUCCAAAGAAAGUAUUUCGAGCAUCACGAUCUGGGAACUUUUAUUUGUUUAUACUCCUUCUCACAUGGUUUUUGUGUAUACUUCCAACUGCUUACACUAUUGUAGAAGUAAGUCCCUCUGCAGAUUGUGGACCUUUCAAAAAGAUGUGUAAGGCAUAUGAUGUGAUAUCUCAUAGCAUUGGAACCUGGCCAACUUACCUUGAGGAACCUGUAAAAUAUAUUGGAACAGCGGCUGUAAUUAUUCCUGUACUUAUAUUGCUAUUGUUGAUAGCUCUUUACUACAGAGCCAAAUCUUCCUCUUAUGCUGAUCUGAUUAAAGAACUUAGAAAUCAACUGAAAUUUGAAAGAAAAGUUGAGAAGAGGAAAGUUUAUGCAAGUGCUCUUUCUACACCUUUUGGCACAGCAAGUAAAGCCACGGGACAAAAGUACGAUUUUGAUAUGGAACAGACAAAUUUUCCAAUGAUAAAGACAAACCCAUAAGAUGUAAAAUAUGUAAUAGUGAUGACCAAAGGUACUCAGAUAAUUUUGCAUCAACAUAAUCUUAACAAUUAAUAUAAAGUGACAAAUAGAUCUUGGAUGAAUAGUGCAAUAAAUAUUGAUGUAUUAUACCAUAUUGUCAGUGUUAGAAGGACAAACUGAUAC